UAAUAAUAGUAAAAAAAAAUCAAAGUUUUUUUAAUUAACAGCCAAAUAUUACUUGGUGUUAUAAUAUAUUUUUAAUUAAUUUAGGAAAUUGAUUACCUAAAAAUCUUGAAAUUAUCAAAAUAAUCAAACAUAAUUAUAAAUUAAAAUUGUAUUAUAUUAAUAUCAAAUGUUAUGUUAAAAAGUAAAUUAAAAAUGUGAACAAUGUGUAGAAAUGACAAAUAAAAAUUACUUUUGAUAGGUAAUAAUUCACGAUUCUUUCCUAUUUGGAAUGUAUAAGGUAAUUAGAUUUACCAAAUAAUAUUGAAGCUUAAUAACAUGGUCUAGUCAUGGCUUCAGACAUGUUUAUAUAUGAAAUAUAUACUUUAUGUAUAUUAGUACAAAGUGUCCGUGUUCAGCAAUUUAAAGUUUUACCUGAUCGUACAAAUUGUCCGGGUUAUGAAUUUUAAACAAUCAACCGUACAAAGUGACCUUAUACCUAAAUAUUUGUAUGCUUACAUAAUAUAACAAAAUAAUUGGUUGUUGCUAUUUGUUUACAUUAAAUAAUUAUUUUUUCUCAUUGUUAAUAUUUUAAAUAACUAUUUAGAUAAUUAAAAAUGUUGAGAUACAGAGGAAAGAAAUUAGCACUUAAUAUCGUAAAAGAAUUGGAUUCAUUUCCUAAGGUUCAAGAAGAAAUUUAUGAACCAUCUACUUAUAGUAAUGUUAUACUGACAGUUUUGAUUUCUGUGUUUGGAUUAUGGUUAUUGAUUUCUGAAAUACAGUAUGUUUUACAAGAACAUUAUAUAUACAGAUUUGUACCAGACACGAACUAUGAAUCUAAACUUCCAAUUAACAUAGAUAUUACUGUUGCAUCAACUUGUGAUAGUAUAGGAGCUGAUAUUGUUGAUACAACAGGACAAAAUAUGAUGUUAUUUGGAGAAUUAAAAACUGAUGAUACUUGGUGGGAAAUGACAAAAGAACAGCAACAACAUUUCGAAAAAAUGCGUGAAUUCAAUGCAUAUUUAAGAGAAGAAUAUCAUUCUAUGAAAGACAUAUUAUGGAUGUUUGAUGAUUAUAAUACAUUAAAAAAUAAAAUAUCUGUUAGGACAGACAAACCAAACACUUUACCUGAUGCAUGUCGCAUACAUGGGUCAUUAAUUCUGAAUAAAGUGAUAGGAAAUUUCCAUAUAACUCCUGGAAAAUCUCUAAUAGUUCCAGGUGGCCAUGUGCAUCUUACUGGUCCAUUUUUUGGAUCAGAGGCUACUAACUUUUCUCAUCGAAUCAAUCAAUUUUCAUUUGGUGUUCCGACAAAAGGGAUAAUAUAUCCAUUAGAAGGAGAACUGUAUGAAACAAAUGAAAAUGCUGUAUCCUAUAAAUAUUUCAUAGAUGUGGUAGCUACAGAUGUUAAAUCAUAUUCAAAUGAAAUAAAAACUUAUCAGUAUUCAGCAAAAGAUAUACAAAGAACAAUUGAUCAUAAUACUGGGAGUCAUGGUAUGCCUGGUAUUUAUUUUCAAUAUGAUAUAAAUGCACUCAAAUUUAUCAUCACAGAAAAUAGAACUACCGUGUUUCAUUUAAUUAUUGAAAUAGCAUCAACUAUUGGGGGUUUGUUUUUAUUGUUUAAUUUUAUGAAGAUUUUAUUAGACAAGCUCACAAAAAAAGUAUAUUCCUUCUAUACAACUGAUAACAUUGUUACUAGAGAAAAGUCCUUAGAUUAUAAAUAACAAGCUAUUAUAACAAUACAACUAUAUAAAUUAAUUUAUAUUCAAAUUAUUAUUUUUUUUAUCAAAAAUAUAAAAAGUAUUGGGUGCUACUCCAGCCAAAUUAAGAAGACGCUACACCCGCAUUCGCUGUUUCCUUCUCACAAAUGUACAACAUAGCAAAACUUGUUUUGUUUGACAUAGGCCACUCAGGCUGUAGUGAUAGUUGAGACUCCAAAUCGAUAUACAAAAUAGUCUGUGAAAUAUAGUAUUAAUUUUUUUGACAUCUCCUUAUACAAAAAAAGUUCUUAGUGUUUCAAAGCAUUAUUUUUGUGUUUUUAAAAUUUGAAUAACUUUUUUUUUAGUUCUGAUAUCAAAUAAACAAUAUUUCACAGCCAAAUUGGCUUUUAUGUGGUAAACAUUUUGUUUAUGAGUAGCCUUUUUGGUUCUUUCAGCUCAAAACUAUUUUUGGUAUGUUUUACAUAUGUAAGACGAAGACAACACAUACGGGUUAUGACUUUUGGACUGUGAGACAUUCUCUCUCUGUAACAUGUAUUAUAUAAUAUACAGAACAUUUAUUCGUUAA